CACACGGCGACGUGUGCGUGUGCGUGUGCGUGUGCGUGGGUCAGCCUUGCCCCACAUUCAGACAGUAGUCGCGCGUCUUUCGGCGAGGUCGAGCCGGCGCGGCGUUUCCGUCGAGCGUAGCGUCGAGAGAGACGCCGGGGAUGCUAGUAGCGAGGAAGUGCCGGCGUCGAGCAGCGUCCUCCCGCCGGUUACUCGCGCGACGGCGCUCCGAGAACGCCGGCAAGGCUUCCGAGUGAACGAACGGCGACCUUCUUUCGCGGCUUACACACCGGCCGACAGCGUUUUUCUGUUUUCCUGCCUUACUAGUCGUCGUGUGCUACACCAUCGAGAGAGGGUCGGUGCGCGUGGCCCAAGUAAUCGUCCAGUGCGUCGACGUUGGUGCGUGCGUGCGUGCUCGCGUGCCUGUCUGCCUCUUGCCUGCUAGCUUGGCUGCGUGCACGCGCGCGCGCGUGCUUCCAUCUAUUCGCGUGUAGUAGGAAAAACGGACCGAGGUAGAACGUAAGGUGAAACGAGAGAUAGGCGGCGUGAUCAACGAGGAAAAGUGUCUUAUAUCGGCGGAAGGUGCAGCACACGUUGGAGACUGAACGAGUUAAGAGCUCGGGGAGAAACUCGGUACCGAGGGAAGGAACAGGGAUGAAUAAUUUAAACGAACGAAUGGGAACAGUCUGACAUAUCGAUUAAAAGAAGGGAGAGGAGAGUAGAGAAGGUUUUAGAGAACGAAGAGAGGCUCGUCGACGGAAUCACGAUAGCUAACGCGAGAUUAAAGAUACCACUUAUAUAUGUGUAUAUGGAAAUAUAUGAAUAUAUGAUAAUUAAUUAUUAAAAAGAAAAAAUCUACUAAUAUAUUAAACGUAUAUGUCUCUGGAGAAAAAAAGAGUUAUUAUUCGAAUCUAUUGUUUUAUCUACUCGUUCGAGGUUUACACGUUGUCCGAUAAGAAUAUCUAUGUUAAGCCUAAUGGUGCGCGCAGGAACACGCGCGUAAGUAUCAGCGAGAAACGUGUGAACGGAGAACACUUUCGAAUUAAGGGAGAGAAGAACGACCAAAACGAAUGUUGUCAAUUAAUAUUGUAUAUUAUUUAGAUCACUUCCGGAGUUUACGAUUUCGCCUAGUUCAAUUACUAACUACCUUUACGCGCCGUUCCCUCUGUAGCCGUUCUUCGAAUUCUACCUCCAGCUUAAGAAUAAUUUAAGAGAAACUGAAAGAGUCGACAACGAAGGCGAAGAAGAAGAAGAAAAAGAAGAAAGAAGAGGAAUAAAUGAAAAAAGAAGUAGAGGAAUAGUUAGAGGCAAGAAGGAGUGGAGAGAAGAAACAGAGAGAAGGGUAAAACGGCCUACAAACGUAUUUAGAUUUAGUACGCGUCACGGGUCCUCGUCCGGACCCUUCCCAAUGGUUGUACCUGGUUUAAUCUGCAGUUAAGACUUCACCCGUUCAAAACGGAAGCUACGUUUGGUUUCCGUAUCAUUACGAAGAUAGCGGCAGCGGCAUGAAUGCACGAGACUGGUUACGAAGUGCCAUUUGCAGAGUGCCGCGCGAUCUCGUAUGGUUCGUCAAGAUCGCGCCCAAUAAUUAUCAAACUUUGUGUAUGCAGCUAUAGUGUAAUAGAUAAAACGAAGGGACGAGUUGAUUGGAGGACAGAAAACAGAGAGACAGAGUGACAAUAUAUAAUAUACAUAUAUAUAUUACGCGUAACGUAGCAAGUGAACGAAUCAUAGUGUACAAUUUGAUCGACGUGUGAAAAGUGAACAGUAGGAGGUAAAAAGUACAAGUAAAGAAAGAAACAGAAAAGGACAAUCAACAUGGGAAUCGAUAACAGUGCAUCGAAUUACCGUAGUUUGAUCAUGUCGAAAGUUUGCGCUGGAUGCAUUGAAGUGUCGAUCAUGUUCCUUUUCGGGCCACAGGCAACGCUGUAAUUCUGUUUUCAUUCGAGUCGCACAGUAUGCAUGAUGAAUCGCCUCAGGGAUCAUCGACAGCCUAAAUAUCAUACUUGGAGGUUCGUCGAAACAUAGGAGACACGAGGUCGACUCGACGUAUUGCGUCAUAAAAACGCAAACUUAGAUGAAAAUGGAUUCGACGAAGCUGGGUGGGCCAGCCCCAACCAGCCCAAGGGCACACUCGCCAGCCCUACCGGCCUACAGCAGUACCACCACGGAUGGCAACAUCGAUUACAUAAUCGGAGACUAUAUGGAGAGACUCGGCACGAGAUUGAACACAUUGGAGAACGAGCUGAGGUACGCCUGGAGGGCGUUAGACCUGCUCAGUCAGGAAUACAUCAAGAUGUGGGAGAGGCUAGAGAAGUUAGAGGGCCUCUUGUACGAACAACAAACGGUGAUCAGUCAAUUGAUCGAAUUCUACGCGAGCGGUGGCACUCACGAGACUGCCAACGUGGUGGUGGAGGAGACAUUGGCCAAUCAACAGAGCACCGUUGGCGAGUUGGACGCGAUCGCGAAGAGUAUAGGCGCCACCAUGGGUAUAGAGGAGACGAACGCGAUAAGAGAGAAAUUAGCUCAGCAGGAGAUUGCGAGAAUGCACGGACUCACGCAGGACAGCUCAACCGCUGCCGCGGUAGUUACCGACAUGCAUAGGAACGUGAGGAACCUGGACACUCUGGAGACUCUCGCGGAAGAGAGUAACAUUCCAGACGAGGCGUUCUACAGAAGCUUGAACAACGCGUACAGGGAGGAUUUAAUUUGCGGCGACACGUCCAGACCAACGUCGCAAUUGGGUAUGAUCUGGGAAGAGGCGGAGGAUGAGGAUGUGAAUGGAAAGAAAGAGGCGGAGUCGAACAUGUUCGACAAAGCUAUGACCAAGGAGAAGGAACUCGAGGAAUUGACUACGAAACCAACGAAGGAAGAAAUUCAGGAAUCAGUGACGAAAAAGGAAGACGAAGCGGACGAGGACGAGGGCGAAGUAUUUAGCGCAGCUGAUUACAAAAGUUAUCGUGGCAAUACGCCUUGUGUCAGCGAACAAGAUCUGGCCCAGCUCUCCAGACUCAGUUCCAUCGACCAAGUCGCUCUGGAAAAAUUACACGAACUGGAUAGGUUGACCAAUAAAUUACAAAAGGACUCUCAGAACUUGAUAGAGUUACAGUCGAAAUUAAUGGACUCUCCGAAACGACAAUAUAGUUCCGAAGCUGAAGCUAAACUGGCGGAAGAAGCGAGUAGUAUAGACGAACAGCUAAGAAAGAUUUACGCCGAAACCGAUGUCGACAGUUGGACCUUCUCGAAAAGUCCCGGAUCGACCGGUCGAUCGAUCUCCAGAGUGAGUACCGAUAGCGGUCUAGCCACUGACGGUGACUUCACAACCCGAUCAAUUUCGCCAAGGCUUACGUCCACGUCCAGAACGAACUUAGAUUCCAUUUCGAGUACUUACACUCCACCCAGGCUAGGUGGCUAUGCAACAACUGUACGAGAAAAGAGUCCAGAGCCAGUGAUCCAGUUGCCUAUUGACGUCGGUAGCUUCGCCAAAGGUUACGCGGAGAACAAAGAACUGACCGAUCUCAUGGCCGAAAGCUUCGCGGCUGUCACCUGCGCCUCUCCCACCAUUUACAGCACCACUACUGACAAAAUCCCAUCUCCUACUCACUCUGCGGGAAGCGUCCAUAGUGUCCAUAGCGUCCACAGUGUGCAGAGUCUUCGAACCAGGCAGGACGGUUACUUCGGUAGCACUGCUCGACUAAAUUUGGAAUUCCAGGAAAGUAGAACGCCUCCAAGUCCGUCACCCAGCUCGCCACCUCCGCCAGCUCCUCGAGACUCAGCCGAGCCUUUCCUGAUGCCAGGACCCGAUCAGAGGGAUGCCGAAACAAAACGACCUCAGAGUCCCACGUUUUUGAGGAGCACGGAGAAGCUGGUUUCGCUGGAACAAGGUCGCCUAAGUCCACGAACUCCUCACUCGCCUAAGUCGCCACGAGUCUCGCCUAAGCACACAGCCAAGCCAAGCGUGGCCAACAUCGUUGCAGCCAAGUCUGAUUCCGGCCUAUCUUCGAUGAGUGGGUGGAGCAGCCUGGACAAGUCGCCGAGUUCGCCAAAAAGUUCAAUCACCAAGAUGCUCACUUCGUAUUCGGUAGAUCAUCCCAGAUCAACUUUAAUCCCAAGUACAACGACGGUCAGAUCUGCCAGUCCAAUUCCACCUCUUCCGGAAACCACAACCUCGGUCAUUACGCAGGAACCGCUGUACGAUACGCCGGAAGGAAGAGACGCUUUCACGAGUACUACCACCGCCACAUAUACCGUUACGAGCCACUCCUACACCGCGGCCAUGAAUCAUUUGUCAGGCUACACGUCGAUAAAGACACCGACCACCAAAGAGGAGUACAGUUUUGUGCCUCCUCCAGCACCCAUCGCGACCACUUGUCAGAGUCCAAAGAAACGAGGUCGCCAGCAAACUUUACAGCAUACUUACGACACCGUACCGCCUGGAACCACGAUCGACUAUGUGUAUAGGUCUGAGCAACCUGCCAUUUAUUCGGUAGCUGGAAGCAAUCGACAACAGGCCAUCACGAGUGUCUAUACCAGUAGCGCUGGGGGCUAUGGUCCGAAAACUACGACCACUGCUUACUAUCCAGAUGCAAUGGACCAGUAUAACAGUUACCAGGAUAAUUAUAGUGCUGUUCAAUAUCCGGAAUCGGCCGCUGUAGGAGGUCACCUGAAGAAACCUUCACGAGGCAGCGCGUACACUGACGGAAUGACAAACCACGAAGGGUACAAAGCCGCGAUGUAUCGCACAAUGUUCCCCACGGGGAAUAUCACGGACGCGCUAUCUUAUUAUCCAACUAGCGCGAAUCUGCCGCGAACGGAGACGAACGAGACUUCGUGGCUGAAUUCGAUGGAAGACCAGAUACCUCACGAUUCGACGUCGUCCAGUAUCAGAUCGCUAACAUCGGACGGUAGCUAUGCCCAAAGCCCGUACACCGAUAGAAGAUAUCCUCAGCCACCGACGUAUCAGGCGCAUCAGUAUCAUCACACGUAUGCGAAUCAGAACUAUCCACAAGCUUAUCAGCAACAGUACCAGCCAUACAGUCAAAGGUUGAGUAGUUCCGAAAGCGCACAACUUACGGAUGGAUAUCAGAGACAACGGCAACGAGAACAUCAAUACAUUCAAGAUCACGAAACAGGAAGAAUGCCUAUUGAUCAAACGCAACAUCAGCAAGAAUAUUACGAUGCCUCGAGCGUGAUAGUAUCUCAAUCAGGGUAUAUUAGUAUUGCGUCGAAUUUGAAAGACCACGAGAUAGAAAAUGCGAAAGCUGGCAAGAAGAUAAAACGCGGUUCGUCCUUAAAAAACGCGAUGAGCUCCAUGAGCAACUGGUUGCCUGAUUUACACUUGAGCAAACGACACAGGAGUCACUCGUUACCUGGCGGAGUGAGGAGGGAAGACUUGGAUAUGUCGCAGGAGCAACAGCAGAGGCUUCCGCAGGAAGCAGGUAUGACAAGAGGUCGUGGUAGAGGCCAGGCAGCCAGGAAAAAGAAGAAACAUACUUUGGUGUCCACUGUAUCCGGAAUUCUUCAGAAGGCCAAAAGACGAAAUCAUCAAUCUCAAUCUUUAUCGGAUCCUGAACAGUCCGAGACCGAAUGGAGCAGUGGUAGACAGAGUGGUCUGUCAGAGGACGAAGACAGCGUGAUGUCGGACGUAAAUCAAGAACCUCCAUUCUUUGCCAAGGUAAAGACAACUAGCACGAAACGUAAACAAGUGCCCCAGCCAGUUCCUCAGCAACAGCAACCGACAACUCAGCCAUUACCUCUGCAACAGAAAGAAUAUAUACAACAACAACAGCAACAGCAAGCUCUCCAGCAACAAAUUCAACAGCAUCAGGAACAGUUACAACAGCAAGCUCUUCAAGACGGUUGGGCCAAAGAGAAAGAUCAAAAGAAGGAUGUGGAUCACGAACUUCCUGAACAGAUCAGUGGCUUCGAGGAAGAAACAUCUGGGAAGAGCACAGGUUCUGGUUCUGGCGGUUCAUCGAUAUUUCAAACUGUCGGGGACAUUAAACGAUCCGCUGGUAGCUCCGACGAAGCUCCCAACGAAAAGGCUCCGAAACUUCCUCCUGUGACUCUGAUGGGCGGUGCAAGUAUGGAAUUUGCGGUGUCUAGAGCAUUAGGCAAGUAUCGUCAGAGACAAUCCUCCACGGUCUCUGAUGAACAACCUCCCAGUGAAGAGGGUAGCACCGAGAAGAAGUCCGACGAAGGCACCGUUCAAACUCUGGAAACAAGCUUUGAGUACCCGGAAGAUAUGUCGGAGAAAAGCGAGAGGAGCGAGAAAUCUAGCAGCACCAGGCUUCCCGAGUUGGUAACCAGCAUAUCGGAGGAGGCUCCACCGUCGGAAGGAAGCCCAUCCGCGUCAAGCACGAAGGGUCAAACGUCAGGCAGUCGAUUCCUGCCACGGCAUCAGCAGUCCCUCGAAAUUCCAUGGACCGGUUCAAGACCGGGUGAAUUGGACGAGGAUAACCGAAGCACGCAUUCCUAUCGAAGUACGUCGAGGGUCUCAUCCAGGCGGCAAAGUACGGAGGACUCGAUCGACUCCGAGGACGAGUGGUACCGAUACGAGUUGAGGAAGCUCGAGGAACUUGAGAGGCAAUCGCAGAUAGAGGUAGAGAUGGGCGAGGUGCUGGUAGAGGAACCGGAGGAAACUGAUCAGUACCAACCAGACGAAACGGUAAAGGAGAAGAUGUCUUUUGUCUUGAGAGAGCUGAAGAUGAAGGCUGGCACUAUAUCGAAAGAGCAGGCGAAGGAAGAUAAAGAAGAGCUACGAACGAGUAAGAUUAACGGAACGAUGGCGAAGGAUCGUCGAAUCGAGGAACGAGAUAGGUAUCGAGACGAGAAACCUAUUCCAAAGCGAAAAUCUGCGGAAAGUAUCGAAGCGGUGUUUGCGAGGGUGACCGAUUAUCAUACUUGGGCGCACGAAGAGGAAAUUAAGAAAGAGAAACUGUCCUCUGCUAUGGAAGAAGGUUCCUCUGGAGAAACUUCCGGUCCUGAUAGUCCCGUCCAAUCGAUGGACGAGGAGGAAGAAGAAGAACUGCCGAAAGACGUCGACGAACAACCGUCGAGGCGCAGUUCGAGCGGCUCGACUUUUCGACACGGCGAAAAAAUCCAUCCUGGCUCUGAACCAAUCUCUCGAGAAGGUAGCGUAAGUGUACCGCCUAGCGAGGUGUCUGUCAGCAUCCCGGGUGCUUGGGAUUCAGAGAGCACUGUCCUCGAAGGCCUCGAGCGUGACGGAGCUGGUAGCGCAGAAACGGCUACCACGGCGACUUUGAGCCUGCCGAAAAUCAAAAUUGAUUCCUCAUCCUGCGGUAGCUCGGAUGUGACGUUAAAAGAGGGCCAGGUGAGUCCUGGUCCACCUGGAUCAAAGUGGAAGUUGCUGAAAGCAUUGAAAGAACGAAAGGCGGAGGAGAAGCUGAAAGAAGUCGAGGAUUCCAAGGAGACCACCAUUUCUCAGGGACCCACAGCAAACGGCAGUGGACCUGGUGGCGAAUCCGGUGGACGAGGCAACGGGCAUCCAGGAGACAAUCCAUUCUACAGCAAUAUCGACAGCAUGCCGGAUAUUCGACCGCGCCGAAAGUCGGUGCCAUUGGUCUCCGAGCUGACAAUGGCGGCGACCAAGAGGAACGCGGCGGGUCUGACGUCGGCGGUGCCCAGAGCCACGUUAAACGACGAGGAGCUGAAGAUGCACGUGUACAAGAAAACGCUGCAAGCGAUGAUCUACCCGAUCUCUUCGACGACGCCGCACAAAUUCGUCACCUGGACGGCCACAUCGCCGACCUAUUGCUACGAGUGCGAGGGUCUCCUCUGGGGUAUCGCACGACAGGGGGUGCGGUGUACCGAAUGCGGUGUCAAGUGCCACGAAAAGUGCAAGGAUCUGCUAAACGCCGACUGCUUGCAAAGAGCGGCAGAGAAGAGUUCGAAGCAUGGCGCCGAGGAUAAGGCGAACAGCAUCAUCACAGCCAUGAAAGAGAGAAUGCAACAGAGAGAACGAGAAAAGCCAGAGAUCUUCGAGCUGAUCCGCACGACGUUUUCAGUCGACCCGGACACGCACAUAGACAGCCUCGAGCAGGCCGAACAGAUCGUCCUUGAGGGUACCAGCAAGUGGUCCUGCAAGAUCGCCAUCACAGUGAUCUGCGCCCAAGGACUGAUCGCGAAAGACAAGAGCGGUACAUCUGAUCCGUACGUGACUGUCCAAGUCGGUAAAGUGAAGAAACGAACCAGGACCAUGCCGAGGGAAUUGAAUCCAGUUUGGCACGAAAAGUUUUACUUCGAAUGCCACAACUCGUCUGACCGAAUAAAAGUGAGAGUAUGGGACGAGGACAACGACUUGAAGUCGAAGCUACGUCAAAAGUUGACAAGGGAGAGCGAUGAUUUCCUCGGACAAACGAUCAUCGAGGUGCGCACGCUGAGCGGCGAGAUGGAUGUGUGGUAUAACCUAGAGAAGAGAACGGAUAAAAGCGCUGUAUCCGGCGCGAUCAGGCUGCACAUCAGCGUUGAGAUCAAAGGCGAGGAGAAGGUCGCCCCUUACCACGUGCAGUACACCUGUCUACACGAGAACCUCUUCCAUAGCUUAUGCGAAAAGAACGACGGCGUGGUGGCCCUACCUCAGGCGAAAGGAGACGAUGCCUGGAAGGUGUAUUUUGAUCCACCUGGAGAAGAGCUCGUCGAUGAAUUCGCGAUGAGAUACGGCAUCGAGAGCAUCUAUCAAGCAAUGACGCAUUUUCACUGCCUCUCCACGAAAUACCUGUGCCCGGGUGUGCCAGCGGUAAUGUCCACCCUGUUGGCGAACAUAAACGCAUAUUAUGCUCACACGAGCGCGAGUUCCGCUGUUUCGGCCAGUGAUAGAUUCGCCGCCAGCAAUUUUGGGAAAGAGAAAUUCGUGAAAUUACUGGAUCAACUGCACAACUCCCUGCGAAUCGAUCUGUCAAUGUACCGAAAUAACUUCCCGGCCUCGAGCCAGGAGAAGCUGAUGGACUUGAAGAGCACGGUCGACCUGCUGACGAGCAUCACGUUCUUCAGAAUGAAGGUUUUGGAGUUGUCCAGCCCUCCACGAGCGAGCACCGUGGUGAAAGAUUGCGUGAAAGCGUGUCUUCGUUCGACCUAUCAGUUCCUUUUUGAAAAUUGUUACGAUAUCUACAACAGAGAAUUCCAAGUGGAUCCAAGCGAGGCGAAGAGAGACGCCGAGGAUCACGGACCUCGCCUGGAAUCGUUGGACUUCUGGCAUAAGCUGAUCGCGCUGAUCGUUUCGGUGAUCGACGAAGAUAAGAACAGUUAUGCCCCUGUCCUGAACCAAUUCCCUCAGGAAUUGAAUAUCGGUCAGCUGUCGGCGGCUACCAUGUGGUCUCUGUUCGCGGUGGACAUGAAGUACGCGUUAGAAGAGCACGAACAACACAGACUGUGCAAGUCCUCGGCCUAUAUGAACCUCCACUUUAAGGUCAAGUGGUUGCACACCAAUUACGUAAAGGACGUACCGCCGUAUAAGGGCGCGGUGCCCGAAUAUCCUGCGUGGUUCGAACCGUUUGUUAUGCAGUGGCUCAACGAGAACGAUGACGUCUCACUGGAAUAUCUCCAUGGUGCCUUCAGCAGAGACAAGAAGGACGGAUUCCAAAAGAGCAGCGAACACGCGCUGUUCAGCGUCUCCGUCGUCGACGUCUUCACACAAUUAACCCAGUGCUUCGACGUGGUCUCCAAGCUGGAAUGUCCUGAUCCGGAGAUCUGGAAGAGAUACAUGAAGAGGUUCGCGAAAACCAUCGUGAAAGUGUUAGUUGCCUAUGCAGAUAUCGUGAAGAAGGAAUUCCCAAGUCACCUGAAGGAAGAAAGAAUCGCUUGCAUUCUCAUGAACAAUAUUCAGCAACUUCGAGUGCAAUUAGAGAAGAUGUUCGAGUCGAUGGGUGGAGAAAAAUUGGAAGAGGACGCGGCGAACAUUCUGAAAGAACUUCAACAGCAAUUGAACGGAGCACUCGACGAUCUAGCUAUGCUCUUUGCAAAGAGUUUGGAACCAAGGAUAACAGCUUCGGUGAAAGAGUUAGGCGAUUUAUUGCUAGCCAUUAAGGGAGGUGGACAGGUGCAACCUGCUCAAAGAAAUAACGUAGCUGUGGAAGCUGAUGAAGUGUUGCGUCCUUUGAUGGAUCUUCUCGAUGGAAGUUUGUCGUUGUAUGCUGAAUCUUGUGAAAAGACUGUGCUGAAGAGGUUGCUGAAAGAGUUGUGGAAGAUCGUCAUGAGGAUUUUAGAGAAGACGGUGGUGUUGCCACCUAUGUCGGAUAAGAGCAUGAUGUUCAAGAAUCUGACGGAUAAUGCGAAGAACUUAGCCGCGAAUGCGAAGAUAGAAGACAUGUCGAAACUGUUCAAGAACCACAUGGUUGGUAAACCGGAUGUGAAGAACGCACUGAGCGGUGUAAUGGAUAUUUCUAAAGAAGUAGAGAAGAAUCUUUCCCCGAAACAGUGUGCGGUCCUCGAGGUCGCCCUCGAUACCAUCAAACAGUACUUCCACGCGGGUGGAAACGGUCUGAAGAAGACAUUCUUAGAGAAAUCGCCAGAAUUGCAGAGCUUACGAUACGCCUUGAGCUUGUAUACGCAAACAACAGACACCCUCAUCAAGACUUUUGUUACGUCUCAGGUCAACCAAGUGCCGCUGAACAAUGCGUCAAAGCUGCGUCAGCGUCAGCGUUCGAUGAGCAGCGAAAGAGGUGGUGACGAAGGGGAAGGAGCCGAGGGUAUGGAAAGCCUCGAGGAACCCCUUCGCCAGAGCAAGCCCUCUCUUCGUCGAGAGAGUCGACAAGUUCCAGAUACUGCCGGUACGGAGGAAGGCUCGGUCGGAGAAGUCAGUAUACAGGUGGAUCUUUUUACACAUCCUGGAACUGGCGAACAGAAGGUCACUGUCAAAGUUGUCGCUGCGAACGAUUUGAAAUGGCAGCUUGCUACGGGAAUGUUCAGACCGUACGUUGAAGUAAAUUUGAUCGGACCGCAUUUAACUGGAAAGAAGAGGAAGCAAUCGACAAAAUCAAAGAGCAAUAAUUGGUCGCCGCAAUUCAACGAGAGCUUUGACUUCAUGAUCGGCAAUGAGCAGCAGCAGCUCGAUUUCUACGAGUUGCAUAUCUGCGUGAAGGACUACUGUUUCGCGAGAGAGGACAGGCUGGUCGGUGUGGCAGUAAUGCAGCUCAAGGACAUCGUGGAGGAAGGCUCGUGCGCCUGCUGGUUGUCGCUUGGUAAACGAAUCCAGAUGGAUGAGACCGGCUGGACAAUCCUAAGGAUUCUUUCACAGAGGAACAACGACGAGAUCGCAAAAGAAUUCGUGAAACUGAAGAGUGAUAUCAGGCAGGAGACACCGUUACCGAACCCUACCUGAGGCUCAGGGUCACAGCAUUAAGCCACGACAGCGAAGCGAUGCGUCCUUCGAGUUUGGAAAGAGCUCGAAGGAGAGAAGGAGAGGGGCGUUGUCCAUAGGGGAAACCAUAGAAGCGUUCGGCCGUCGUUGUCGAGAAUGAAGUCUUUAAAAGGCAAACAAAACAAAAUAAUUCAGCAAAUAAAUAAAGGAAAAAAAACGAGCAACACCGCGAGACACAUGCGAUAUCGAGAACGCGUGAGACACAAAAUAAAAAUAAGAAACACACAUUGCAGCAAACACAUAAGCGAGAAAAAUCACCGAUAAGGACGAUCGGCCGAAUCCUUUUCGGUUCUAACGCUAACGUCGAUCAAUGAGGGAACGAGAGACCUUGUCGUGCGACAUCAUUCUUCUCGCUUCCUUCGCAGUCAGCUUCCGGUCGAGCGUGUUCUUCUCUCUUUUUUACGAAUCACAGAGCUUUAGCCCCGUCCCCUAUAUAAACCGAAUGAGCCGAGAAUAAAAAAAAAAAAAGAAGACAAAACCAUAAGAAAGAAAAAGAAAGAAGGUUUUCGAGUAAACAUGUUGAAAGUCAAGUCCCCGAAUCGAAGCGUUCAUCCAGCUAGUUGAAGUCGGACAAAGAGAGUAGAAAAGGGGAAGGGUGACUCCUCCUACCUUUUCGGAAAAGCAAUAGAAAUGUAAAAUAACAGGAUGAUGAUUGGUCAAGAAUAUGGGAAGAUAUACGGACAGACUUUUCGUUCAAGUAAGUGCCGUAAAAAUGGAAAAUAUGAAACCUCAGGUAUCGAAGAGUGUUCUGAACAGACGCGACACGUAAAAAACAGUGCUGCCAGUACGUAAUAUAUUUGGUAAAUAUUCGUAACGUAAGGAGAGGAAAGGAGUCGAAUUAGUCGUAGAUGAUACGUCCAGCGCGGUUAGACCUCGACGUGUACGGACUCCCAGAAGAAACGGAAGCAGCUUGACUGCGGCUAGAGGGAAAGGAAAACGAAGAAGAGCACGAAGAACGAUCGAAUCGGGGUCCGUGAUCGCUAGCACGUUGCAAAUAUAAAACGUGAAUCGGGAGUGUUUUUUUUUUUUUUUUAUUCUUUUUUCAAAACUAAAAAAUACGAAUCGCGCUGCAAUGAGGAAAAUGUAAUAGUACGUAUAAAAUAUAGACACUCGUGAGAGACGACGUUUUAGGCCGUUUGUUCGGAAUGACGAGUUUACUUGUAGAUAUGUGAAACACAUUGUUGACGAAAAAAAGUUUUUCUAAAUAACAGUUUAACGUAGCAUUGCGUACGACCAAUAGGCGUGUCACGACGUUACUCGGGACACGCCGUUAGUAAUAAAAUAGGCAUUGUAAUGUAAAGUACGUUCUUAUUGUAAGAAUUAACAAGAGAUCGUAAGAGUCUGAUUAUUGGUGGUGAACGUAUCACGAGGUCCGCUCGAAGACUUCGAUCAUUCCCCGUGAAUCAUCCUUUUGGGUCUCUCUUCGAAGACCUUUAAUACGACGUUUAAUACGAUGAAGAUGUUCACGUACACAAGAAGCCGAUAUUCCGUUCCAGUGAAGAAGAAAAUAAUAGAAAAAGAAAGAAUAACAAGAAGAGGAAGAAACAUACGAGUUAGGAUCCUUUCGUCCGCCUUCAAUUUUCAUUCUACGUACAAUAUCGUGAAACAGAGAAUCCGGUUUUCGAUCUGUUCUAGCCAGGAACUACUAUUUCUACGAAUCGACAGCCUAACUUUUUCGAAAUUAAACUUUAUAUCGUGGUAGAUGUAUGGUAACUUAAAUAAUCAUGUAACUUCGACACUUUCCCCUUUCGACGAUCAUUGCUUUUUGUGUGAACGUGCAAAACCAAAUAUGUAAACGACGAGGUGGAACGCAAGCUUCGAAAAUAACGGACAUCGAUACUUCUUUGUCUAUUCGCUUAAAAAUAUCUCAUCGAUAUUACUCUUGUAUAUAGAUCAAACAUUGUCCACUCGUGGGAACAGUUGGUUAAGUUACGAAGAUCCGAGCCCGCGAUUCUCUGAUGCAAGACUUCCCCCACUAUAUAUGAAGAAUAAAAAGAAAAUGAAAAAUCGAGAAAAUCGAGGGCGGACGCGUUAAACGGUCCCUCAAUCUGCUACAAAACGGAAACGAUCCCCGCGGAAGACAUCCUAACGUUCUUCGUUUCGCAUCUAAUGUCGUUCGAAAACUCUGGAAACACUUGUUUAAGAACACAUGUCGCAGUUCUUGCACGAAGCUUCGAUCGGAUCUCCCGAGAAACCUACAUAUGGGAAUAAAAAGGCAAAAAAAAAGCGGUCACUGUGAAACAAAAGAAAAAGAAAAGAAACAGGAGAAAGAAGCAGAAGAUGGAAACUAUUAAUAACACAAAAAAAAAGAUGCACGCGACUUUAAAACUAAAUAAAUUUCAUUCUCUGACCUUCGCAGGUCAAACCAGAUAUACAAUUCCAGAGAUUACAUGAUUAUAUCCACAAGAAAAGUUUCUACUACGUAGUACGUCUAGAUAUACUUACGUAUUGUGUAUAGUAUAUAAAUGCUGAUGUAGCUGCGAGCGCGGGAUAUUCGUCUGAAGAGAAAGCCACCCGAGAAAAAAAAAAGGAAAAUUCGGCUAUCUUUACAAUUACAUAUUUACAUCAGGCGCUUACCAUAUCCGGAUGAUGCAUGCGUCUACAGGCGACACAGGUCAGGCGCAGAACCUUCGAAUAGAAUUCCGUUUAUUAACACGUUAUACAUAUACAUACAAGCGCAUAUCUUUCCAAAAUUACCUCUUACCACGUAACUUUACAUCAGGAAUACAAAUACGUUUCACGAUUGAAAGAGAAAAAGGAAAAAAUAAUGGUUUAUCAUUCAUGAAUCGAUGCACCUUUGAAUCUCAUUACGAAAAAUCGUAGGACAAAAUAGAGUUUACGUGAUAAUUUUACCGUACAUAUUUUGUUUCAUAAAAGAACAGGUUUAGCACGUUACUCGUUGACGUGGUUAGAACGCAUAGAUUCAAAUGUGCCCGGAUCUGUGUAUUCGUGUCGAUCUAAACGACCUCCGACGAAAUGCUCCUCAUGCACAAAACGCGUUGCGAUUCGUCUCUUUUACAACGUUCGCGCUGUUUCAAUCCUGGUGUAUCUUUGUUCAAAAGCGAAUGCGAUGAGAAACGAUUUCGGGCUUGGAAACGAGCAUCAAAUGCAGACGAUGAAACAGCAUGGCGUGAGUGAAAUAGAUGAAUAGAAAAUAGAAAAAAUAACGUUUGAAAAAGAAAGAGAGAGACGUAAGGGGGGAAAGUAGAAUUGGAAGAGAAAAACACGGAUCCGCGAUCUCGCCACCAUCUUCAUUUGUAAAAGUGUCUAUUUUCUCCGCUGCCUAAGUACUACAUACUAAUUAAUGAAAAAGGGCUGGCAAAUUCGGCAACCAGGCCAAGUCCGUCGACGAAAUGGGAACAACCUUCUGUGUGUUUCUUUCCGCUGGGAAGUUUCCGUGUCGGUCGACAAUUGCGCUUCGUGGACGGAAUUGACCGCCACUUUUUCCUCCUAUUCUCCGCUUCGAUUAAUAUCUCGUAAGCUUAAUGAAAAAAAAAAAAUAUCUCGUGUAUUCUGUGAUAAUUACCCCUUAAAGUACAUAUACACACGUACACACUUGCACAUACUUACAUGUUCGUUUACAUUUACAAACAAAUAUAUUUACAUUUACACGCAUUACAUUUACUCUUAUACCCGCACUUACACGUAUUACAUCCAGAAACAAACACACGAGAUGCUCUACAUUUCAAACAAGACACAAUACAGUAGUGCUUCUCUAAUUGGCCACAUAUUGGGAUUUCAACUGACCAGUUAUCGAAGGAAGUAUAUUUCUAGAAAUAUUUUCUCUUCUUGAUUAAAUCCAAGUGAUGACUGAAGUAAGAUAUACUUGAUACAUUUGUUUAUUUUAAAUAUAUAUAACAUCGGAGGCCCAUAAAGUCAGUUCCAAAAACUAAUGGGAAUAUUAACAGCUAGUUAACGAAACGAAAUCCUGGCCAGUUAUUGCUGUACUACUAUACAACACGCAUAAGACAUACACGUACCAUACGUACAUGUACUCUAUAUAUACAAUACAACAUACAUACAUACAUAUAUACAUAAUUACACAUACCAUGCACGUAAUACACCGAUCCCAAUAGUAACAGUAUUCUUCUCUUUUA